AUGGCGGGAGGUUUAGAUUCUCAGCACAAGUUAUUACAAAUCAAAGAAAAGUUGAGGUUUGCUACUACCUCGUUACAAAACUGCUUGAAUUUUUCUCACGACUGCAAGUAUUUGAGUUUGCUGUGUGACUUUGGAGAAGCGAUAAUUAUAAAAAUAGAGGAGUCAAAUAUUUCAACUUCGCUUCAAGGUAUUAUUUACAAGAAGCUUGAGCAUGGUAAUGGAGAAACCUUAGAAGGACAGUCAUGGUCACCAGAUGAUGGCAUCUAUGCUGUACUUGGAAAUAAAGCUUAUCUGUAUCAGGUUCAUAAUGACUUCAGCCUAUUUCAUGCCAUUCCGUUGUACUAUAUACCAAAAGAUAUUGCCAUAUCAACUACUUUAACAGGAGAGCCGAAAACCCAACUUAAGUACAAAACAGUUAUUGCUGGGCCAAAUGGAGUUGAAAUGUAUGACUUGGAAGUAAACAAUUCUAGCAUCAUUGUGAAACAAGGUCUUCAUCUCCAUGCAGACCUUGCUAUUGUUUUAGUGGAUUUUUCACCUGACCUACAGUACCUUGCAGUAGCUGCACUGGAUUGCCACUUUGGAAUAUGGAAUGUUCAAAGUCUUGAAGGAGAGAAGAAAGACUUCUGGUAUAAACAUUUGAGUACUGUCAGAAUAACAAACAUGGCAUUUUCUCAUGACAGUCAAAGUAUUGCUGUUGCAUGCUGGGAUGGUGUCUGUUACAUUUAUACCAAAUCUCAGCCAAGCACACAAGAAAGCAAGACCUCGUGCCAGUGGAUUCAGUGUAAUCACAUUUUACAGUCUUCAGGUGAAAGAGUUUGUGGCUUGUUGACAGGGUCUUUGGUUUGUUGGGCACCAGACUCCAUGUCAGUGAGGUUUUCAUUUGCAAAUGAAGAGGGCUCAUGGUUGAAUACCCUUGAUGUGAAAGAUGGAAAAAGUUGGACUGAAAAAAUUGCUGAAAAGGGUGUUGAAGUGAAGGGAAUAAACACCUUAAGUUGUCAGGCAGGAGACUUCUCUGUAUGUUAUCUAAGUUCACAGCAACUUCUAUUAAGUAGAUGGGCCUUUAAGGACAAAAAAGUAAUAUCAAGUAAAAAUCACGACAAUCCAAGAGAGGUUCUUUUAUACGAAGACCUGAUGUGUUCCGUGUGGCUUGUCCCUGAAGAUCCCAAACACUUCACUGGGAUGACACUGAGAUGGUGUUGCUAUAGUGACGAAGACCUGGAACAAGUUAAAAACCUUUGUGAAAUGUUAUCUGUGAAUUGUAGUAACGAUGAACAAAAAUUUAGGAGUGGGGUAUCGCUUGAUGCUCGACCUGCUGAGAAAUGUUUGUGGGAUGCAAUUAAAACAAGAGGAAAAAAGGAUAAUGCAAAAGGAGAAGAUUCCUUAUCAUCAUCUACAUUACCACCACCAGCAUCAACAUCAUCAUCAUCUUCACCGCCAUCAUCAUCAUCUUUUACACCUCUACUACCACAGUCAUCAUUAUUACCAUCAUCAUCAUCAUCUUCUUCUACACCUCCACUACCACAAUCAUCAUUAUUCCCGCCAUCAUCAUCAUUAUCAUCAUCCAAUUGUACUGUCAAUGUACCAUUUUACGAACCUUCAACACUACUAUCCAGCCUCUCGGUCUCCAAUCCAGGACAUUUUGUAUUGGCGUCGAGAAUGGUGGUGGUGCUAGUAGUGUUACCAUCGAUAGCGUAUGUUUAUUAUCAGAAGAACAAAGAAUGGAAGAGCGUAGUGUUUAGGGACGCUGUUACCAGGUGCUGUCUAGUGCAAGAGAAUAUCUUGGUGACCUUGAGUGCUAAUGGGAACUUGGGUGCUUGGCAUUUGACAAAGAAUAGUAGUUUUACUUGUUUGGAUUCACUCCUGAUCCAAGGUUUACAAACAGAAAGGGCGUUUGUUGUGGGGGAUGUAUUUGAACCUCUGGUCCUCGUGUUUGAUGUUGACACACAAGGAGAACAAAGAGUGGCACAUGUAUCGUUGCAAGGUGAUACAUUAGCUCUUGCUAAAAGAGAAAUAGUGUGUAUGCCAACACCGCCGUUGACAUUCUGCAGUUCAAUGCUUGGAGUCUGCGUCUUCUUCACUAAAGAAAACAACUCGUAUAGCGUGCUUAUUCCAGAGCUAAGUAUAACUUAUGAUAUUGCGUACGAUGAACGGUAUACCUCGUUAUUUCAAUGUAUAAUGGAAAACAAGAAAAAGCUUCUGGAUUUUGUCAUCGAAAACCAACAGAGCUAGCAGUUACACAGGUAAAAUACUUCCUUUCUAAAAAUAAUUCUGUUGAAGGGGAAAACAGCUACACCUUUUUGCUUCGUGUUUAAUAUUUAACGAUUUCAAAGGAAGUACYGAUCAUUCCUUUAAAAUUAACGGGACGAAACUUAUAUAAUACUAU